AUGGAUACGGACAACUCGCAAUAUACACACAUCCACGAACUCACUAUCCCCGCUUACCACGCGGCGCUCCUAAACGGCACAACAACAUGUGAACAGACCGUCUCUGCCUAUCUAACUCAGAUAGAUAGGUAUAAUCCUACUCUUCGCGCGAUCAUCACAAUCAAUGAGAAUGCGCUGGAUGAGGCACGGCAGAAGGAUAUCGAGCGUCUUCAAUUCCUCCAUGACAACACCAGCAGCAAUAACCCCACCCCAAAUGAAGCCGACUCAAACGAACCAACCCCCAAGAAGAAAAAUCUACCCCCCCUCCACGGCGUCCCCCUCCUCCUAAAAGACACCUACACAACCACCCACCUCCCAACAACCUCCGGCGUCCACGCCCUGCGCACCCUCCACACCCACACCAACGCCCCCAUCGUGCAAUCCCUCCUCGCCUCCGGCGCCAUCCUCCUCGCCAAAACCAACCUCCACGAGUUCUCCCUCGAAGGAACAACCACCUCCUCCCACGGCGGGCAAACCCUCAACCCCUACGACCUAACACGCACCCCCGGCGGCUCAUCAGGCGGGACCGCCGCAGCCCUAGCCGCUAAUAUGGGGCUCGUGGGCUGUGGUGGCGAUACGAUGAACUCGCUGAGGUCGCCGGCGUCGGCGUGUGCGGUUGUGGGGUUCCGCCCGACGACCGGGAGGGUGUGUACGAGGGGGGUGAUGGGUGUUUCGAGGACGCAGGAUGCGUUGGGGCCGAUGGGGAGGGGGGUGGGUGAUGUUAGGGUUUUGUGGGGGGUUAUGAAGGAGAGUAUAUGGCUGGGGGAGCAGAGCGGUGCUUCUUCUGCUGAUCUUUCUACUGCAGCCGCUGCUGCUGUCACUACUUCUAGCACCACUACUGAUGCUACUCCUCCUCCUUCCACUACCAACAGCACCCCCAACAUUACUCCUAAAGAAAAAGACAAACCCCUCCGCAUCGGCAUCCUAACAACCUACUUCCCCGACCCGGACUCCUCCAACCCCGAAACCCACACAAUCAACACCAUAAUCCAAACCGCCCUCCAAAACGUCCAAUCCUCCUCCAAGAACUCGCUCACUCCCCGACCCAUCAACUUCAUCCCCCUCCCCCCCCAACCAACCUGGGACGCACCACUCCUCCGCACCGAAGCAGACACCCAAUCCUUCGAAUUUCAAGAAGAACUCGACUCAUUCCUGCAAUCCCCCUUCAUCAAACACACCCCGCACAAAUCACUCGCGUCUAUCGCCUCCUCAAACGAGUAUCAUGCCACAGCAGUAACAGCCGCAUUCCACGAGACGCUACAAACCGACCAAUUCAACACGCGGUGCGAGGCGUACCAGGCGCGCCUGCAGCGAAUAAAGGCGUUAAAGGAAUCCGUGCAAACGUGCUUCGAAGAGGAGAGGCUAGACGCAAUGGUCUACCCGCAUCAGAAAAGACUGGUCGUUCCUGUGGGCGAGGUCGUGCAGAGCGGACGGAAUGGGAUUCUGGCGGCGUUGACGGGGAGGCCGGCUCCGGCUUCGCUCAACCCGCAGAACCAACUCCCCAAUCACAAUCACUCGGUAUACCAGUCGGCCUCGAACUAA